AUGGUGGCAGCUGCCACAGCUACGGCCAUCGCCACUGCCUGCGUGGUGGCCAUGCAGGACCGCCAGGACAUACCUUCCCAAUUCAAUCAAGGCCAGCAUGGAAUGCCUCAUCAAUCGUACAAUACCGGGUACGGCCAACGCGGAGGACCGAUGGGAGGAAUGGGACCUACGAUAAACAGCUACAACGGAAUGAGCUCGAUGGUACCUGUUCAACCAAUGAAUUCUAUGAAUUCGAUGAAUACUAUGAACGCGAUGAAUGGAGGUAUGAACCCGAUGUCAAUGAACGGGAUGAAUGGGAUGAACGGAAUGAGUCCAAUGAGUCCGAUGAACGGCAUGGGGACCGUCAACAACAACAUGGCGGGCAUGAACUCGAUGAUGCCUAAUGCCAUGCAGAUCAAUAAAAUGAACAUGCAGCAAGCCCAAGCUCAGCAAACGGGAUACCCUCGAAGAUUAGCCCCCUACCCCAACCCCCAAAUGCACAUGGUCCAGAAGAGACAGCAGCAAGUUGGAUACGCAAAUGUCCCUCCGAAUCCUAUGCAGCAACAGCAGCCAGGAUUCAACACGAUGCCAAACAACAUCCAGCCGAAUCAAUACCCCCCAACAAACUAUCCGUCAACCCGACCGCCACAAAACUUCCAUCCGCAGUAUCAGCCAAUCCAGGGCAUGGGAAAUCCCAACGGAGGAUUCCCACCCAACCCCAUGAUACGCGGAUCCAAUAUGAGACAGCAAACGCCCAACUACAACCCGGUAGUAUCCCAAUCAAGCAAUCAGUAUUACGGUAGUAACUCGCCAAGUGGAGUUGUAGGCCACCCGUCUCCUGUGGUAAACAUGGGCAAUGGAAUGCCCAGCCACCAACAGCCCCAUCAACAGCAGUUCAUCCACCAGCAACAGCAACAACCGAAUCCCACCGGCUACGUCAAUACCUCCUAUCCCACGAACGGCCAGUACACGUCUGACGUAUCGAUAAGAGCGUCUGGUGCCGGGAACAUGAACUACCAGCACAGUCCCAUUCCUGGUAAUCCCACUCCUCCCUUAACCCCAGCUUCAAACAUGGCGCCCUACAUAAGCCCGAAUUCCGCAGACAUUAAGCCGAACUUCAACGAGCUCAAGUCGACGGUCAUGUCCCAAAAGGACGAAGAACUGAGACUAACAUUCCCCGUGAGGGACGGCAUCAUCCUGCCACCUUUCCGUCUCCAGCACAACCUGGCGGUCAGUAACCACGUGUUCCAUCUAAAAUCGACGGUGCAUCAGACCCUGAUGUGGCGAUCGGAUCUCGAGCUGCAGCUAAAAUGCUUCCACCACGAGGACCGACUGAUGAACACCAAUUGGCCGGCUAGUGUUCAAGUGUCGGUUAACGCAACGCCAUUGGUUAUCGACCGGGGGGAAAACAAGAGCUCGCACAAACCUCUUUACCUCAAAGAUGUCUGCCAGGCGGCUAGGAAUACUAUUCAGAUAACCGUGUCAGCUUGUUGCUGUUCGCAUCUGUUUGUCCUGCAAUUAGUUCAUCGGCCAAGCGUAAGAAGCGUGUUGCACGGUUUGCUGCGCAAGCGACUACUGACCGCGGAUCACUGUGUGGCUAAAAUCAAACGGAACUUCAAUAAUACCAUGUCGAAUAACGGGAUGCAGUCCGAGAAAGAUGUGGUUGAACAAACUGCUCUUAAGGUAUCGUUAAAAUGCCCGAUAACGUUCAAGCGAAUUACGUUACCGGCGCGAGGGCAUGAGUGCAAGCAUAUACAAUGUUUCGACCUCGAAUCGUAUUUACAACUUAAUUGUGAACGUGGUGCUUGGAGAUGUCCUGUUUGCACGAAACCAGCGCCACUAGAAGGCUUAGAAGUAGAUCAAUACAUGUGGAGUAUUCUAAACACAACGUCAAGUACUACAGUAGACUUAGAAGAGGUGACGAUAGACGCAGCCGCUAAAUGGAAGCCUUCGAAGCCAACCAACAUGGUUACGAUAAAAACCGAGGAAGACUUGGACUGCAAGCGGAUGAUCAAGGCGAUGUCACCGGGUAGCAUGAACAUGCCGACGAUGAUGAAUUACGAGAUGAAUCAGGCGAUGAGUCCGUACAUCCCUCCCGACAUGAACAGCAUCGUUAGCGGCUCCAUGAUGAAUAACACGCCACCUACUUACGUCAAUAAUAACAUCAACCACAGGAACUCAUCUGGCGGGUCUUACGACAUCAACUCUGGUACGCCUAACAGCAACAACGACUACUCCAAUGGCGCUGGUCCGUUGACUCAUCUUAAUGAUUCCGUUAAUUCGCUAGAUCAGCUCAAUGCCAUGGAGAAAUCUUUGACCGAUCAGAUGCCGCAUACACCUCAUACGCCCCACACACCGCACACUCCUCACACGCCAGGUGGUGGUAACAGUGGGCCACCCAGUGUACCCCCAGCUUCACAAGAAUCAACGGGUAACCUCAACACGUCGGGUAACAGCACGACGAAUAUCAAUGACAGCACGGAUAUACCAUCGGAUUUGAAUUUCGACCCCGCAGCUGUCAUCGAUGGUGAGGGAACUGGUCAAGAAGCAUUGAAUUUGUUGCCAGACAAUGUAGUAGACCCAAUGGAAUUACUAUCGUAUCUGGAUCCACCGGAUCUCAAUACACCGCCGAGCAGCGGUGCAAGUAGUGGAAAUCCAUCCUCGAGCGACGACAUUCUUGCCCUCUUUGAGUAA